UUUUGAUGCAGUCUUGCUGAACGCUCAUGCCUGUUGCUGUCGGCGAAACCGAGCAGCUCCCGGCCAUUUGUAGCAGAAACGUGUCUCCACCUGCUUUCCUCUAUGCCGGCACUGCACAGCUGAUUGACCCCGUCCCCCGCCGCAGCAGCGGCAGUUGGCUAGCCACUGGCCCUCAACUCAAUUGUCAACCUGCUCCGCGCGCCAGAAUCCUCGAGGCCCAUGCCAUGCCCAGUGGUUCCAGUGCAGGUAGCUCCUCGUUGCCCUCGUCCUUCUCGUCCAGCGAGCACAAGAGCGACUCAAGUUCUGCCAACAGCCAAGUGCUACUUCCACAGCCAUCGAGCGCAGCUCCACCCAGGACAACAGACCAGCUGAUUGAGCUGUCUGUAUCAUCCGAGGAGAUCGCGGACUGGAGGCGACGACACCAACAAGCUCAGACAGAGCCAAUGCCGUGGCCCGGUCGCACCCGCAGCGUCUUGCGUCGAUACUCUCCGUUGGUCCCUCCUACGGCGUUGCUCAUUGCGCUGGUGGUGCUUCUCGUACAAGACCUUGCGAAUGCGAACAGUAAUGCUGACUCAUCAGAUUUGCCUAGCGAACCCAUCGCACCGAUAUUGCAAUGGGGUGCCUGCUCGCUGGACAACGUCGUCGCCAGCGCUUAUAACCUCUCAGCGCAGUGUGCAGCCGUGACACUUCCGCUGUGCUACGAUGAUAUCUGCGAGACGGAAGACGCCAACGCCUCCAUUAUCGUAUCAUUCAAGCGAAUACCUGCAAUUGGAACAAACGCCACCGGUGCAAGUCCACAAACCGUUUGGUAUCUCCCGGAUCGACCAGAUUUCCAGACAAGUGAAGAAGCGGAACUGCAGAUGACGCUCUUGUACGAAGAGCUGCGUGGCGACACUGACAUCUACACCCUCAAUUUGCGUGGCAGCGGUAAUAGCACAGCUCUCUCAUGCAAUUCAUCCGACGGAUCUCCACUGCAGACGGCCAUAUUUAGCCGAAACGAUGGCGUUCUAGAUCCAAACGACGUAUGGGUCUGUAUUAAUCGACUCUAUGAUUUGGGACACACCAAUCUCAGUGCAUUUUCGCUGGCCAGCGCUGCCCGGGAUAUCGAAGCGGUUAUCAGCCAGUUCCAGCCUGAUUCGCAGGCUAUCGUGUAUGCACUCGGCUACGGAACACUCGUGGCCCAGCAGCUCAUGCAAUGGGGUGUCGCGCAGGUCGUCGGCUACGUUUUCGACGGUGCACCGGGAAGCUUUGAAGACACAGCAUCAAAUCAAGUUUCCAAAAGUGAUGAAGACUUCGGAGAGGUAGCCAACGAGUUCCUCGUUUGGUGCCAGGGUGAUUCAGAUUGCUCCAAAAUGUUCUCCGAUUUAAGCUCAACCACAACGCUCAACGCGACACUAUUAGAAGUGUACACUCGACUUGAUGCCGACAGAACUUCAAUGUGCUCCAUGAUCCUCACGGAAGUCGAUACAAGCGGAAGCAGCAAUUCCGCUACAGAUUCUACGACCCCGCCGUCGUAUGUACUUCGCCAAUUGCUUGGAGUGAUGAUAAUGGAUUCGACCUUGUGGCCGUUCAUUCCUGUAAUUGCCUACCGCUUUCAUCGGUGUGGCUCCGAAGACCUCACGCUUCUCUCGCAGUUUGUGAACUCAGCAUUCGAAACUGGUAACGACGCAGAGACCCCGGAACUGCUGUUUGCGAUCCAGACCUUCAGUGAACUAUGGGAGGCGCCGUCCCCCGACCAAACUGAGCUGCUGGAACGGUUCACCGACGCUACCAUCAGUUCUGGUCGAGUAUAUACUCAGCUAGAGGCUUACUGUUUGUUCACUGGCGACACCUCCGACGCAUGUAGCAACAUCAACUCAUCAGCAUCGAGCUCUUCGUCGAUCGGGACGCUAUCAUACUCGACGAACAGCAGUGCACUUGAUAUUCCGUCUGAAACCAGCGUACUGUUGCUGAGCGGAGGACUGGAUGCACUCUCGCCGCCCAAAUACUCCACAGCGCUAUUCAACGCCUUUCAGGCCGAUAACAAAGCACUCCUUGUUGCUCCGAAAGCCACGCACGGUGUAGUCCAAUCGGCUUUGUUAUCGAAUGGAGCCGCAUGCGGUCGCAGCGUGCUGGUAUCUUAUGUGCGCAGCAGCGGUAACCUGACUGCGCUCGACAUGUCGUGCAUGGCCGCACUGCCUACACCGAGUCUCGCCAUCUCCAACACUUCGAGUCUGUUAGUGCUUGGCGUGGAAGACGCGUACGACGGGGUGCUUGUGGUGACCAACAGCAACAGUGGCAGUGCCGGCGACUUGACCGAAAGCGGCAGUUCCGAGAAAUCGGCGACAUCGUCGGGAUCGACCUCGGACGAGUUAAUCCGCCGCAUAUCGGCACUUAAAAGUUCUAGACGUCGCUACAAAGUUGCUCUGAUCGUAGUGACGAGCGUGCUCGGAGCCGUGCUGAUCACAGGUGCAAUGAUAUUGAUAUACCGUCGUCGUCGAAAACAGCAGCUCGCCGGUGAGGAGGAGAUGCUGCGGCGCAUGCGUGGCGACGAAGAAAACGAGCUUGAGCUCGUACGAAGCAUCUACUUGCUCACGUCCGACUCCCCCAGCAGCGGUGAGCGCGCGGUGACUGGACGGGUGGCGUGACUGUAUCAACAUAAUGUUAUUUAACUCGUACAUGCAGACCUUGGACCCCAGCAGCGUUGGGCCUCGUACACUAGAAUAAUUCCAGACACUAGCUAAUACAAGUUGUUUUGUCAAAGGUCUA